AUGGCUCAGUCCGCUCUCAUCUCCCGCCAACCAGAUCCGAGUCCAGAAUACAUCACAAAAUCGCUUACGCAUGCAACCACGAAUGAGCCUCGCGCAGCUGAGCUGAUCCAUAUUCUACCCUCGUUAGCUUCUUUGAUGAAGAAUAUGCGAGCGAGUUUUCCUGCGCGGGUAAGCUCCGCCACGGCUCGUCCAACUUUGGUCGGUGACACAGCUGCAGUUAGCUCGUGUGAAGAUCUUCGUUGGAAAGCGGGUUGA